UUUUUUAAGCCAAGUUUUCACUUGUUUUACUAUCGAUAUAAGAUCAACACUCCGAGCUCUUGCUUUGCAGUGAGCCAGCGCCUAUUUUAGUGUGUAAAGCGGCUAAUAAUGCAAAGAUGGUGGCCGGUGCAGUGGUCAGAGCUUCUGCUGGUUCUGCUCUUGGUCGCUGCCUCACGGGCCACGUCUGGCCGUCCACCGCAUAACACAACGACAGCUAAGCUCAGUCUGCUGCGGAACAACAGCUUCUGCCAGAGUGGCCUCUUUUGGCGGCUUCCCGCCAAGGACACCUGCCCCGGCUCCAUACUGCCGUUGCGUGGCACCGUGUACAUUCUGUAUGAUGUGAACAUCUCUGAGGGAUUCAAUCUGCGUCGCGAUGUGUACAUACGCAUGGCGGUCUUUGUCCGUCGCCUGCGACGCCGCAAACGAUUUCGUAAUGUUCGACUCGUGCUGCCGCCCUGGCCACGGCUCUACCACUGGCACUCGCAUGGCCUGAACCAGAGCGAUCUAAUGUGGCGCAACUUUUUCGACUUGGACAGCCUGCGUCGCUAUGCGCCUGUCCUCGACUACGACGAAUUUGUGGCCGAAUACCGUCAAUUCGGUAUGCCAGCGCCGCCCUACGUGCACGUCUCCCAGGCCUUUCGCCUGACCCACUAUGAGAUCAUGAAGGAGCAGGGCAUAUUCCGGGACAAGUACGAGCGCAUAACCCCAGAGGACUCCAAUGGACGCCGCAUCGAAGCGUGCAAUGAGAACUCCGUCAGUGGCGGUCCGCUGCUGCAGCAGCGACUCCUACGCUAUGACCGCUAUCACUGUGUGCGGUUCCAGGGCAGCGCUGGCCUGUUGGAGCGCAUGCUGCGCGAAGCCAUCGAUGAGGAUACGUCCGGGAUUGAGGAUGUCGACGACAUGCGUGUCUAUGCGGUGCUCAGCGCCGAGACCGUGCUCCACGACAAUUGGGGCGACGAGCACUUUUGGAUGGCGCGGCGCUCGAUGCGCUUUGCCAAGUUCCUGAACCAGGUGGCCGCGGACUUUCGUCUGAUGGCGCUCAGCACCACGGACACGACGGCCGGCGUGCAGCGACCCGCCAUGUGGGAGCUGGAGCGGCCUAAGCGCGAUGCACGCGGCGGCGAUUACCUGUGCGCCCAUCUUCGGCGAGGUGACUUCGUGAGAUCGCGGGAAUCGACCACGCCCACGCUAAAGGCGGCGGCACAGCAGAUAAAGCAGCUGCUGCGCGCAUUCAACUUGACCACAGUGUUUGUGGCAAGCGAUGCGACGCCAUACGAGCUGCUGGAGCUCAAGGAGCUCUUCUAUCGAUUCCGGUUUGUGCACUUUACGCCGGAAUCGAAUGUGCAGCGACAGCAGUUGAAGGAUGGCGGCGUGGCCAUCGUCGAUCAGCUAAUCUGUGCCUAUGCCCGCCACUUUGUGGGCACGUACGAGAGCACGUUCACCUACCGCAUCUACGAGGAGCGCGAGAUUCUCGGCUUCAGCAAAUCGAGCACCUUCAAUACAUUCUGCAAGGCGUUGGGCGGCAAUUGUGCCCGGAAUGCCGUCUGGCCCAUCGUCUGGAAUGACGAGGAUGAUGAAAGAUUUUACUAACUGUUUUUUAUUUCGUGCAUUUUGUUUUACACAGACAGCAUAUUACAGCCAUUUAUUUUUUUUAAGUGUAAUAGUUAAGUGUAUUUUACAUAGGAUUAUUUUUGAAUAAUGUGAAACUUCGAACAAACUGCGAUGCCAUACCAAAAAAAAAAAAAGUUAAACUCAUUUUAAACGUACAUUGCCAUUCACACGUGUACAUACAUAUAUUUUGGAUAUACAGGGAGAACUGAUAAAGGUAUGUCAUGUACAGUUUAUUUUUUUUAAUGUGUGUUAUAAGUUAUUUUAAACAACUUCACUUUGCAUAUUUAAAUAAACGAUAUAAUACUAGGUGUCACAGAA